AUGGAGGAUAAGGAUUUGGACUAUAACAGCCUAAUCAAGCAGCCAAAAAAUAUGGGAACUGCUAAAAUUCCACCGCAUACAAAUUUUGCCAAACGUAAACCAUUCCUUUCUCAGGUCUCAAGUACUCCUGAUUCGGACCUAACAUCUUAUACUCUCGAUGCACUUGAAGUGACUGAUGGACGGACGAAGAACACAAGAAACUAUAUUCUCAUUAAAAAAAUCGGACAUUUAGGUCAAAAACUCAUAACAUGGCAAGAAAAGUUUUCCAACUCUCGCUGUGUUUGCGACCAAUGUGGCAAAUCCUAUGCAACGACUAGCAAUCUAAGCCGACAUAAGCAGACUCAUCGCCCCCUGGAUAGCGAACACGCUAAGCAAUGCCCCCAUUGCGACAGGGUUUACGUCAGUAUGCCAGCAUUGAGUAUGCACAUUCUCACCCAUAAAGCUAGCCAUAAAUGCGAAAUUUGUGGGAAAGUGUUUUCCAGGCUGUGGUUGUUACAAGGCCAUCUACGCUCACACACUGGCCAACGUCCCUUCGGUUGUGCCCAUUGUGGGAAAAGCUUUGCAGAUAGGAGCAAUUUAAGGAUGCAUAUCCUAACGCACACAGGUUUGUCGCGUCUUCUUCUCCAGCUCUUAUAA